UUUUAUCACCCAUAUGAUUUGUCUUAGCCAUCGGCUCGUAGAUCCUCGUUACACAUCGAGGGAGACGCUCCCUUCUGUCUUAUUAAACUAGUCACAGACCUGUAGCUGGUGUGAAAUGGAGGGCCAGCGCUGGCUGCCACUGGAGGCUAAUCCAGAAGUUAUGAACCAAUUUUUACGACAGUUGGGCUUGGUUCCGACCUGGCAGUUUGGAGAUGUUUAUGGUUUAGACCCAGAGCUCCUCACGUUAGUGCCAAGGCCUGUGUGUGCUCUUCUUCUCCUCUUCCCUGUGACAGAGAAGUAUGAGUCAUUUAGACUGGAGGAAGAAGCAAAGAUUAAGGCCCAGGGGCAAGAAGUGUCAUCAGAGGUGUACUUCAUGAAACAAACCAUUGGCAAUGCAUGUGGCACAAUAGGGUUGAUUCAUGCGGUGGCAAAUAAUCAAAGGCAUCUGGAGUUUGAGCCCGACUCACCAUUGAAGGCAUUUAUAGUGCAAUCCUCUAAGCUAAGCGCUGAGGAAAAAGCGACUUUCCUUGAAAAAGACGAGAGUAUCCGUGUAACACAUGAGUCAAGUGCUCAAGAGGGCCAAACAGAGGCUCCAGGUUUAGAUGAAAAGGUGGACUUGCAUUUUAUUGCCUUUGUGAAUGUUGAAGGACAUUUAUAUGAGUUGGAUGGACGAAAACCUUUUCCAAUUGCUCAUGGGAAAACCGCAGAGGACAGUUUUCUUGAGGACGCUGCAGAGGUCUGCAAGAAGUUCAUGGCACGUGAUCCGCAGGAGCUACGCUUCACUGUAGUGGCUCUCUCCAAAGCAUAAACCACUUGUCCACCUAUUGUGUUUUUUUUUUUUCUUCAAGAAGACAACUGCCAAUCAUUCUCAAGUGCUGAACACAUCAGAAUGUUUGCAUUUUUACAGAAUAGAUUUUGAUAAAAUGGAUGUUUGCUAAAUGUUUUCACUAUUAUAACUACAGAUUCCCAUGACCUCAGUCAUAAGACUGAAAUGCAGUUGUACAAUAAUAUAACUGACUGAAUCAGUGUUCAAGUAAAACUUGAAGUAAAAAUCAUAUCAGAUGACUUCAAUGACUAUGUGCAUUGUAACUUGCUUGUGUCCCACAUACCGGCACUCUAAUUAGACGGUAAUUGUUUCACCAAACAUCAAAAAGACUUGAUAUGUUGUUGAAAAUACAGAUGCUCCAAAUUUGAUUAAAUUAUAUGGGUUUAAAUAAUAUUAAAGGUCACACUCUUUACAAACAUUGA